UGAUUACUCCCCUUUAGUAAUGGCAUCUAGAACGCGCGAAACAUCUUAAAAACUGAACCAAAACAUAAAGCAAUAUCAAACAACCUUUGCGCAAGAAAAUUAUCAGCAGCACAUCAUGAGCAGCUCAAGGUUAUGCUCAAACAAAGACAGGUCUCGGCAGUCUGCUUUCGUGGAAGGAGCGAUUGUUCGCAUCAAACUAGAAAAUAUUUUAACAUACAAUUCUGUCGAAUUCAAGACAGGCCCUUAUCUUAAUGUCAUAAUUGGGCCAAAUGGGACUGGAAAGUCAGCCAUUGUCUGUGCCAUUUGCCUGGGGCUGGCUGGAAAAACAAGUUGGUUAGGCAGAGCUAAAGAACCAGCAGAUUAUGUCAAGUAUGGCACUACCAAGGGCACCAUUGAGCUGGAGUUAUUCAACUGUACUGGUGACAACUAUGUUAUUCGCCGUGAAAUUACAAAAUCUAGAGACUCAAGAGGGACUUCAGGCUGGUGGGUCAACGGACGAACAGCUAGCCAAAAAAGUGUAGAAGAGAUGGUUUCUCGGUUGAAAAUUCAGGUGGGAAACUUGGUACAGUUUCUUCCUCAAGAAAAGGUAGCAGAUUUUGCUCGCAUGUCACAGCAGGAACUGUUAGAAAACACAGAAAAAGUGGUGGAUUCUGGAGAUUUAUAUGAAAAGCACCAGAAAUUGAAAGAAGAGGGUCGCUUGUCUACAGAAUUUGAGCAGGAGCUAGUCAACCUCAGCGCACAGCUUGACACUGAGCAGCAAAAGAAUGCCAGACUUGAACAGGAUGUCAUCAACUUUAAACAGCGAGAGAAGUUUCUUGAAAAAGUGAAGCUGCUUAAGAUGAAGAGACCCUGGCUGGAAUAUAUGGGUAUGAAAAAAGAAUUUGAAAGAUUAAAGGUACAAAGAGAUGAGAAAGAAGUCACAUUCAAGAAAGCAAGGAGUGAAAGUGCGCCACUUAAAGAUCAGCAAGAUAUUUUGACACAGCUGAAACAAAAUCUGGAUGCACAGCUGAAGAAGAAGACUAGUGAGAUUCGAGAUCAUGCCAACAAAGUUUCGGACAGUAGCAGAGGUCUGGAAAACCUGGAAGAUAAGAUUACUGAAGCCAAAAGUGAUAUGGAAGCCAAGUUCAACCAAGAAGAGAACAGAAAGAAAAAGUUGGCAGAUCUGAUGAGUCAGAAAGCUGCACUAGAAAAUGAACUGAUCCAGUUGGAGGGAGCCAGUGCAGAGCAACUUGCUACUGAAUUGCACAAAGUGACGGAGCAGACAAGAGAGCUUUUAAGAGAGUUGAACAACAUUGAACAGCAGGGCAUGGCUGUGCGUGCAGAAAUUGCAGGACUGAGAAGAGAAAUUAAUGAUGCACAAACUGAGCUCCGAAAUAUUCAGGACAUGGGUAACCGCCGCUUGGAAAUGCUACGGAGGGCCCACAAACACACAUAUGAUGCUGUCAUGUGGCUACGUGAAAACAAGAACAAGUUCAAGGCUACUGUUCAUGAACCUAUUCUUCUUUGUCUGAACAUGAAGAAUUCCAGUGAUGCCAAAUACCUGGAGACCCACAUCUCUUUCAAUGACAUGCGAGCAUUUGUGUGCGAAGAUCCUGCAGACCUGGAACUGUUUAUGACUGUCAUGCGUGAUCAACAAAAGUUAAAGGUCAAUGCAGUUAGAGUUCCCAGAGAACCUCUAUCAGCCUUUCGACCUAGGUAUCCUAUUAGUGAACUAAGUGCAUUAGGAUUCAAGAAUUACCUUCAGGAUCUUUUUACCUGUCCAGAAGCUGUAAUGCGGUAUUUGUGCUCAUUGUAUAAAGUACAUCUUAUACCUGUUGGAGAUGCUCAUGCACAGCAGAAUGUUGAGCAGAUCAUUGCGAGGCACCCUGAACUAAAUAACUUCUACACAGCUCAUGUGCAAUAUCGAAUUAAGAAAAGCAAGUACGAUGGAGUUGUAUCAUCAAGAAACACCCCUUUAAAGGAACCAACUUUUCUUGCAGCUUCUGUUGAUGUACAACGAGAGCAUUCACUUACAACUCAAAUUCAGGAAACUCAGAAAACUUUGUCGGAGAAGGAGAACCAAUAUCAGUUCUUUCAGCAAAAUCAGAUCAAUCUUGAAAAAUCUGUGAAUAGUCUCAGGGAGAAAAAGAAAGAAUUAAUGCGACAAAAAGACCAGAAGAAAAGGGUUCAACAACAAAUUCAGACCAAAAUGGAGAGUAUACAAAGAGUGGAAUCAGAGAAACUGGACUUAGAGGCAGAAAAAAAAAUGGAUUCAGUAAUCAGCAAAAUCAUCGCUCAGAAGUGUGAUCAUAUGGCAGUAAUGCAUACUCACACCCAGGAAUGCUUCCAGCUAAGCCAGCAGAAGGUGAGAAUGAAUCUGAAGCAAGCUGAAAUCAUGAGAGACUUAUCUGUUCUUGAAGCCAGACUUCGUGAUCGGUCACAAGGGCUACUUGCUCAGGAGAAAGAACUCGAAGAAUUGAAAAGGUCUGUGAAAGACAUGAAAGCUAAAGCAAAAGAGAAACUUCAGGAAGCAAAAAAAGCUACCAAUACAGGCAGUGAUGAAGAGCUCUCAGCAGAAAAGCGUAAGGCAUUUGAUCAGUGUCCAUCAAAUAUAGAAGACCUCGAUGCAGAAAUUCAUGGUAUACAAGCUCGAGCAGAUGCCAUCUUUCAGACAGAUGAAAAGGUAAUCCAUACAUAUCAACAAAGAGAGAAACGGAUAGCAGAACUGAAAGCUACUUUGGAACAGAAAAGACGAGAGAAAGGCCAACAUCAUGAGGAAGUCCAAACAACACAUAACCAGUGGCUCACAAUGCUCAAAGAUCAUAUCAAGAAUAUAAAUAAGAACUUUUCUUACUUCUUUUCUGCAAUGGGCUGUUGUGGUGAGGUGGACCUGAGUAUUCCAGAGAGUGAGACUGCAUAUGGUCAGUAUGGAGUGAGGAUCAAGGUAAAGUUCCGUGAUGGUGAGGUUCUAAGAGAACUAACGCCAUACCAUCAGAGUGGAGGAGAGAGAAGUGUGGCAACAGUUCUGUACAUGAUGUCCCUUCAGGAGCUGGCCAAAUGCCCCUUUCGCUGUGUGGAUGAAAUUAACCAGGGCAUGGAUCCUGUCAAUGAACGAAAAAUAUUUGAGUUGGUAGUACAGACAGUAUGCAAAAGUAGCAUGUCUCAAUACUUCCUGCUGACGCCAAAGCUGUUGCCUGAUCUGGAAUAUGCAGACAAUAUGACUGUCUUGUGUGUGAACAAUGGACCGCAUGUGAUGAACCACUCGUGCUGGAACAUUCCCAAGUUUUUGCAUCGUCGCGCUGCCUUAGAGGAAGAGGAAAAUUGAUUCAUAAUCGUUACUUUUUUCCUUUGUAAUGUUUAAAAGAAGGAAUAAAGGUUGAACAGUGAGGAAAAUGGAAUUGAUGUAGGGAAAGGGAGGGUAAGAGAAAGCAAAGACAGAGUUUUAAUGAAAGUUUUACUGUUAAUGCAUGCACCAAAGCAGAAAGUAAUCAUAGUUUUACAACUGUUUUUUGCCACUUCUCUCCCAUCAUUCCAAAUCACAUUUCUGCCACUUUGCUAGAUAAAUGGUGUCUUCAAGACAUGCUGUUAAAAUUGGUUAGUGAUGCAUGCUGAUUAGCAGUUUCCCAGCUGUAUGUUGUAUACUUAUCUCUUAAGACUAAAUUCUGAAACUACUGCUUUAGGUAGGUUGUCAUGAUUUUCAUGUGUUUUUACAAGAAGAGCAGGGGAAGGAGGGGUUGGUGUGAAAGGUAGAACUUCACAAAUUUUGUCACUGUGUAGUUAAUCAUUGUCCAAUAAACCAUCAAACUUGUUAACCCCCCACCACCACCGGCCCACAGUGUCCAGAGCAUUGGUUGAGGAAAGUAGAGGGCAACCUUCUCCUUCUACCACCCUUUACUUUUCCUGGUAAAUCAGGUACAUGUGUUUUGGGUGGGUGCUUUCUACUUGCAGGAUCAAUUGAGCCUAGAACCUAUGACCUUAGCGUCCCAAAUUAAGCACCAUCUUUCAUUGUUGCUUCUCCCAACAGAUAUAUUUGCUUUUGUUUUACAGAUUGAGAAAGGGGAAAAAAUCUUUACAUAAGAACAUGCAAUAGGUUAAAUUUUUGCAUAACAUUGGAUAAUGCUUCAAGCUGAGCCCAAAUUUCAGGCUAAAAAAGUGAUCCUUUGAUAUUUAAAUUUCAUAAAAUGAAAUGCUUUUUUAAAAGUGAUUUCUAAGAAAUAUUUGGAUGUACAAGAAGGUAAUAAUAUUAACAAAACAACACAGUACUAAAGCAUCUCACUUCAUUUUAUUCCAUUGGUAAUAAGUGGAGUUUAUGAAUGUAAAGUGAUGUCUGUCUAUACACUUUGGGGUUUUUUUUUGUAGGUGUUGACAACAAUCUAUGCUGCGUUGGCUUUUUUUGUUAUUUUUUAAGGUUACUUACGUUUUUAGUUGCUAUGUGGCUGUGGUGAGAAAGAGGAGAGGAAUCUGGACUGGAAGAAAGUUUUGGUUCAAUGUGAUGUAGACUGUUAUUAGAGCUUAGUAACAAAAGGCACAUACGAAUGCUGACCUGUGAACAUGUAUAGAUGUAUAAAUGAAGGUUUAGCUCUGUGAUAUGUAAAGACCUGUGCAGGAUCAUGCAGUAUUUUAAUAUUUAAUCAUACUGAGGGCAUUUAAAUGUUAGGUUGUUUCCUAUUAAAUUUGAUUUGUUAAGAUAACUUUUAACACAUUGUUCGAUUGUUUCGAAAAGCAGCCAAGGGAAACAAUACUGAUUGAUCGAGGGGUACCUUAAGCAAUCACCAUGAACAUGCUCAUAAUUUGUAUUCAUAAGUUUCUCUCUUUUUUCAGCCAUCCCAUUCUCAUUUUUGUCAUUGCCACAUGUGCUCAAAGUAAAGUUUGUCACUUGGACACUCAUCUCUGUAAAUAUUUACUAAUAUUAUUAGUAAUAAACAUCAUUUAUAUUUGA